GGCAGCUAGGGGAGCGGCCGGGUGGCCGUCGGGCGCUAGCCGCCAUGGAGGCCGUGCCCCGCAUGCCCAUGAUCUGGCUGGACCUGAAGGAGGCCGGUGACUUCCUUUUCCAACCGGCCGUGAAGAAGGCUGUGCCUCCAGACUGAUGAGUGCGUUCAUUUCCGAGGGAGGCAGCUCCUGAGGCGGUGAGUGCUGUUGUGGCCAGGCAUGCCGGUCCCCUCUCUGAUGUGAGUACGGACUUUUCCUUCUCUCUCUCCGGAUCGUUCCCAUCACACACCUGUAGGCCUUUCUUCAAGUUUGUCCUAAAAAAUUACGGAGAAAACCCAGAAGCCUACAAUGAGGAACUGAAGAAGCUGGAGUUGCUCAGACAGAAUGCUGUCCGUGUCCCACGGGACUUUGAGGGCUGCAGUGUCCUCCGCAAGUACCUAGGCCAGCUCCACUACCUGCAGAGUCGGGUCCCCAUGGGCUCGGGCCAGGAGGCCGCUGUUCCUGUCACCUGGACUGAGAUCUUCUCUGGCAAGUCUGUGGCCCAUGAGGACAUCAAGUAUGAGCAGGCCUGCAUUCUCUACAACCUUGGGGCGCUGCACUCCAUGUUGGGGGCCAUGGACAAGCGGGUGUCUGAGGAGGGCAUGAAGGUCUCCUGUACUCAUUUCCAAUGUGCAGCAGGCGCCUUUGCCUACCUGCGUGAGCACUUCCCUCAUGCCUACAGCGUGGACAUGAGUCGCCAGAUCCUCACUCUCAACGUCAACCUCAUGCUGGGCCAGGCUCAGGAGUGCCUUCUGGAGAAGUCAAUGUUGGACAACAGGAAGAGCUUUCUGGUGGCGCGCAUCAGUGCACAGGUGGUGGAUUACUACAAGGAGGCAUGCCGGGCCUUGGAGAACCCUGACACUGCUUCCCUGCUGGGCCGGAUCCAGAAGGACUGGAAGAAGCUUGUCCAGAUGAAGAUCUACUACUUUGCAGCUGUGGCUCAUCUGCACAUGGGGAAACAGGCCGAGGAGCAGCAGAAGUUCGGUGAGCGGGUUGCAUACUUCCAGAGUGCCCUGGACAAGCUCAAUGAAGCCAUCAAGUUGGCCAAGGGCCAGCCUGACACGGUGCAGGACGCACUGCGCUUCGCUAUGGACGUCAUUGGGGGGAAGUACAAUUCUGCCAAAAAGGACAAUGACUUCAUCUACCACGAGGCUGUCCCAGCACUGGACACCCUUCAGCCUGUAAAAGGCGCCCCCUUGGUGAAGCCCUUACCAGUGAACCCCACAGACCCCGCUGUUACAGGCCCUGACAUCUUUGCCAAACUGGUACCCAUGGCUGCUCAUGAAGCCUCAUCGCUAUACAGUGAGGAGAAGGCCAAGCUGCUUCGGGAGGUGAUGGCCAAGAUUGAGGACAAGAACGAGGUCCUGGAUCAGUUCAUGGAUUCAAUGCAGCUGGACCCUGAGACCGUGGACAACCUUGACGCGUACAGCCACAUCCCACCCCAGCUCAUGGAGAAGUGUGCGGCUCUCAGUGUCCGGCCCGACACCGUCAGGAACCUUGUCCAGUCCAUGCAGGUACUGUCAGGUGUGUUCACGGAUGUGGAGGCCUCCCUGAAGGACAUCAGGGAGCUGCUGGAAGAAGAUGAGCUGCUGGAGCAGAAGUUGCAGGAGGCCCUGGGCCAGGCUGGGGCCAGCGUGGCGGGCUCCAAGGCAGAGCUGGCCGAGGUGAGGCGAGACUGGGCUAAGUACAUGGAAGUCCACGAGAAGGCCUCCUUCACCAACAGUGAGCUGCACCGGGCCAUGAAUCUGCACGUGGGCAACCUGCGCCUGCUCAGUGGGCCACUGGACCAGGUCCGGGCUGCCCUGCCCACGCCAGCCCUCACCCCAGAGGACAAGGCUGUGCUGCAGAACCUGAAGCGCAUCCUGGCCAAGGUGCAGGAGAUGCGGGACCAGCGCGUGUCCCUGGAGCAGCAGCUGCGGGAGCUUAUCCAGAAGGAUGACAUCACGGCCUCGCUGGUUACCACGGACCACUCCGACAUGAAGAAGCUGUUUGAGGAGCAGCUGAAGAAGUAUGACCAGCUGAGGGUAUACCUGGAGCAGAACCUGGCAGCCCAGGACAACGUCCUCCGGGCGCUGACAGAGGCCAACGUGCAGUACGCGGCCGUGCGGCGGGUGCUCGGUGAACUGGACCACAAGUGGAACUCCACGCUCCAGACCCUGGUGGCCUCCUACGAAGCCUAUGAGGACCUGAUGAAGAAGUCCCAGGAGGGCAAGGACUUCUAUGCAGACCUGGAGAGCAAGGUGGCUGCUCUCCUGGAACGGGCCCAGUCCACCUGCCAGGCCCGCGAAGCUGCCCGCCAGCAGCUCCUGGACAGGGAGCUGAAGAAGAAGCCGCCGCCGCGGCCCACCGCCCCGAAGCCGCUGCUGCCCCGGAGGGAGGAGGGGGAGGCAGUGGAGACGGGAGACCUGCCCGAGGACCUGCGCAGCCUGCCCCCCGACAUGGUGGCCGGCUCACGGCCACCCGACACCUACUUGGGAACUGCCGCCCCACUCCCCUUUCCUCCCAGCCCCUUCCCCGGCUCUGCAGGCCCAGGACCCCACUAUCUCUCAGGUCCCUUACCUCCUGGUACCUACUCGGGCCCCACCCAGGUGUUGCAGCCCAGGGCCCCCCAGGCCCCAGGUCACCCUACAAUAGCCAUGGCCCCUGGACCUGCCCUCUACCCAGCCCCUGCAUAUACACCGGAGCUGGGCCUUGUGCCCCGAUCCUCCCCACAGCAUGGUGUGGUGAGCAGCCCCUAUGGGGGGGUAGGGCCCCCCCCGCCAGUUGCAGGUCUGCCCUCAGCCCCACCUCCCCAGUUCUCGGGUCCUGAGAUGGCCAUGGGGGUUCGGCCAGCCACCACCACAGUAGAUAGCAUCCAGGCCCCCAUCUCCAGCCACACCGCACCACGGCCAAACCCCAGCCCUGCUCCUCCCCAGCCCUGCUUCCCAGUGCCCCCCCAACAGCCGCAGCUACUGCCUGCACCCUACAGCUACCCUGUGGGGGCCAAGCCCCCCCUCACAGCUCCCCCUGCCCAGCACCACUUUCCUCCUGGGAUUCCCCCGGGUUUUCCAGCCCCCAGGGUUGGGCCCCAUCCCCAUCCCGCAGGAGUGGUGUUUGGGCCCCAGCCCCCUCAGCAGCCCCUUCCACUCCAGCAUCCAAACCUCUUCCCACCCCAGGCUCCGGGGCGGGUCCCCCCCCAGCCCCCCCAGCCCCCCUACCCCUUCACCCCUCAGCCUGGUGUCCUCGGACAGCCAACACCACCCAUGCACACCCCUCUCUACCCGGGCCCCUCUCAGGACCCUCUGCCCCCCCACUCAGGGGCUCUGCCCUUCCCCAGCCCUGGGCCGCCUCAGUCUCCCCAUCCGACCCUGGCAUAUGGUCCUGCCCCUUCCCCCAGGCCCCUGUGCCCCCCGGCAGCCCCUCUCUCCAUUCGAGGCCCCUCACCUGCCGGCCAGCCUACCCCCAACCCCCACCUGGUGCCUUCACCUGCUCCAUCACCAGGGCCCGGCCCAGUGCCACCUCGGCCCCCUGCCGCAGAGCCACCUCCAUGCGUGCGUCGGGGCACUGCGGCCGCAGACCUGCUGUCCUCCAGCCCGGAGAGUCAGCACGGAGGCACGCAGCCCCCCGGGGGUGGGCAGCCCCUGCUGCAGCCUACAAAGGUGGACGCGGCUGAGGGCCGUCGGCCACAAGCCCUGCGGCUGAUCGAGCGGGACCCCUAUGAGCACCCCGAGAGGCUGCAGCAGUUGCAGCGGGAGCUGGAGGCCUUUCGAGGCCAGCUGGGGGACGCGGGGGCCCUGGACACCGUGUGGCGAGAGCUGCAGGACGCCCAGGAACACGACGCCCGCGGCCGGUCCAUCGCCAUCGCCCGCUGCUACUCCCUGAAGAACCGGCACCAGGACGUCAUGCCCUACGACAGUAACCGCGUGGUGCUGCGCUCAGGCAAGGACGACUACAUCAAUGCCAGCCGCGUGGAGGGGCUCUCGCCCUACUGCCCACCCCUGGUGGCCACCCAGGCACCGCUGCCCGGCACGGCCGCGGACUUCUGGCUCAUGGUGCAUGAGCAGAAGGUGUCAGUCAUUGUCAUGCUGGUGUCUGAGGCCGAGAUGGAGAAGCAAAAGGUGGCGCGCUAUUUCCCCACCGAGAGGGGCCAGCCCAUGGUGCACGGCGCCCUGAGCCUGGUGCUGAGCAGUGUCCGGGCCACCGAGACCCACGUGGAACGGGUACUGAGCCUGCAGUUCCGCGACCAGAGCCUCAAGCGCUCACUCGUGCACCUCCACUUCCCCACUUGGCCUGAGUUAGGCCUGCCAGACAGCCCCGGCAACCUGCUGCGCUUCAUCCAGGAGGUGCAUGCGCACUACCUGCACCAGCGGCCCCUGCACACGCCCGUCAUUGUGCACUGCAGCUCUGGGGUGGGCCGCACAGGAGCCUUCGCGCUGCUCUACGCCGCCGUGCAGGAGGUGGAGGCUGGCAAUGGGAUCCCUGAGCUGCCUCGGCUGGUGCGACGCAUGCGGCAGCAGAGGAAGCACAUGCUGCAGGAGAAACUGCACCUCAGGUUCUGCCAUGAGGCAGUGGUGAGACACGUGGAGCAGGUCCUGCAGCGCCAUGGCGUGCCCGCUCCGGGCAGACCAUCGGCUGGCACGAGCAUCAGCCAAAAGAAUCACCUUCCUCAGGACUCCCAGGACCUGGUUCUCGGCGGGGAUGUGCCGAUCAGCUCCAUCCAGGCCACCAUCGCCAAGCUCAGCAUCCGGCCUCCCGGGGGCCUGGAUUCCCCAGCCGCCAGCCUCCCAGGCCCCGUAGAGCUCCCGGGCCUGCCACCAACCAGGCUCCCAGAGUCCACUCAGCUCCCAUCCUCCUCCCCACCCCCCCUCUCUCCACCCCAGCCCGAGGCCCCUGAGCCUGAGGAGGAACAGCCAGUACCUGAGGCCCCCAGCCUGGGGCCCCCCUCCUCCUCCCUGGAGCUGUUGGCCUCCCUAACUCCCGAGGCCUUCUCUCUGGACAACUCUUUGCGAGGAAAGCAGCGGAUGAGCAAGCAGAACUUUCUGCAGGCCCAUAACGGGCAGGGUCUGCGGGCUGCCCGGCCCACUGAUGACCCCCUCAGUCUCCUGGAUCCACUCUGGACACUCAACAAGACCUGAAUAGGCUUUGCCUGCCCGGUCCUUACACUACAUCAUCUCCCGUGCCAGUCUGCCCACCCUAGUAGGGCCUCUCUGGCCGGCCUGGUCUCUUACUCCCAUUCCUGCUGCCUUCAGCCCUACCUGGCCCAACCCGCACCCCUGUGGGGUGGAGAUGCCUUGCGGGCCUUGGGUCAGGUUCUGCUCCUUUGUGGGACCUGACAUUUUUCAGCUCUUUGCUAUUAAAGUAAUAAACCAAC